CUCCUUCUCAGCCUGCCUCUGUCUCUUCCAAGAAGCACAAACCGGCACAAUCUAUCUAUCCCAUCCUUCCCAACUCUCAAGGAAAGGAUACCUUGGACUGCGAGUGCCGUCCUUUUUUGAGUGUACCACAUAGUACAAGGAGGAUGUCGGUGGCUGUCAUGCAAAGCUCAUCGACUACCUUCCUCCUGAGGCGGUCUCGCAGCUUGUUGAGCCAGGAAAGCCUCGAGAUCUGCACCGAGAACCUCGGCUCCGAGACGGGCUCCGAAUACUUCUCCUUCAUGGAUGACCUCGACUACUGCGGUCCACUCCAGGGCUUCGACGUUGAGAAGGAAGAAGAGAAGAAAGAUAGCGAAGAGAAGCACUUCGUUGUACCGGAAGCUGGAGCCGAGGCGAGCGGAGUGCGGCGGCACCAGGCGAAGGAGCUGAAGUCGGUCAACUACCACUGCUCCAUUGGCAGGCGGUCGCCACUGAAGUCGUUCCCCCCGCCGCUCCCGUCGAUCUCUCGACGCAAUGGGCCGUGCCUCCACAUGCGGCCUCACCGCCGCGAUGGGCAUCUCGUCGUCGAGGCCGUCCUCGUUCCUUGUCAGAACUACCUUCACGCCCAGCGCGUGGACGGCCGCCUCCUGCUCUCCUUCAUCGAUGCCACGUCCGAAGACGAGCCGGGUUAUGAGUCCGAGACCUUACAAUCACGCGAACAACAAGAUGUUGAUGCUAAAGACGAUGAAGUAACCGAUAUAACGCAAUUGGAGGUAGAAUCAGAAGAAAAGAACUGCCGUGAAGAAGAGGAAGAAGAAGAGGAAGUGGAAGUGGUAGACAGGGGCACUGUAGUCGAGGUGAAGGUGAGCAGGCAGCCCCAGCAACAGAGUGGCGCCACCAAAGUGCACCGGUCUUCGCUCGUCAUCAACAAGUUCGUCGGCGGCACGCCGCUGUCGGACGACGACAGCACAAGCAAUCAGAACAAGCACAACCGCCGUGCCGCAUCAGCUCCGUCAGCCACGCGGGCAUCACCGACGGCCACCACAGCGGCGGCGGCGUCCACGCUCAGUGCAGCCACGGCAGGCUACAACGAGCACGGCCACGGCGGGCCAUGGGAACACCACUCGCCGCAGGAAAACAAGUUCCUAUUCACUUCCAAGCGGCGGAGCCGCCAGGAGCUGCUGCACAACAUGAGGAGGUGCAGCCAGCUACGGAGGCCGCUGUUCAUAUGGGAGCCCUGUUGCAUUGUCACUUCCUCUUAAGACCACUCGUUAGCAUUCCUAACCAUGUCCAAACCUUCACCGUGUGGUUUGAUCUAUCUCCCCUGUAUCGCAGUCAAUCUUCUUUUCUUCCCACCAAUGAUUAAGUUGGACACUACAAUAGAUGAUUGGGGUGUUGUUGA